GUGAAGAUGGGUUUGCCAAACUCAACAGCCGAACGCGGCCUUUAAGGCUUUUAGACUACAAAGCUACAUUCAUCCCCCCGCUCUUCUCCGACGAAAAUGGCGGCAACUUCCCGAAGAUCAAGCGCAUCAGUUCUUCGAUCACUCUCACCGUCCGGAAGAUUCUAUGGUCACCGGACUUCAUCUUCCUCCGCCUUUGCAUCCUCUACCUCUACUUUCUCUUCCAGAUCCGCCACUUCCUUCUUCUGCAGAUCAACUUCCCCCUCGCGUGUGAACCUCCAUGGUUCGCCUUCAGUUUCCGUUCCCUCCGUGCGGUUUUCUCUUGACCGUGCGACCUCUCCGAACAGAUCCGUCUCGGUUUCUUCUUCUCGCAGUGGUGGAACUAAUCGUGUUGUGCAGAGACAGAGCAGUACGAAGAGGACGUGUAUGUGUUCUCCUACAACUCACCCUGGCUCGUUCCGGUGUAGUCUUCAUAAAGGUAUAAUUUCGCAACCUCCUGCUCUGUACUCGCCGAGUAGGUUGAAUGCUCGUAGAUCGGCGAUGACGAAUUCUCUUGUUAGAAUUGGAGGCGUUGAAGGUGAUCUCGUGAAACGAGCUUUAGCGGCUUUGAUUCGACCUUCUUCUCAUCAGCAACGUCGUCGAGUUGAUUUUAGGCCAAAACGUAGCCGGCUCUCGAUUAUGUCCAAAGCCGAUGAAACAUUAUUAUAAUCCUCUUUCGGUAUGUUGAAAAUUGAAAUGGCCUAAUCUAUGAAUUUCCGGAGUUGUUCUAAUUCUCCGGCGGCGGUUCGUGACGGUGCUUAUCUUUUUCUCUCCGGAGACCGUUACAGACAUUCAUCACUACAGAACUCUGAAAUCUGCUUUUGUACAAAUUAAUAUUUUAUACAUAUUAGAUUAAUAGAUGUGAAAUUGUUUGUGUUGGCGUUCAGAUGAGACCUAAAAUUAGAGAAAUCUUAUCACAAAUUUAAUGAAAUUCAUAUGAAUUUAAGAGGUGUAUAACCUCAUCAAAUCGGACCACAUUUUAGAAAUAGGUUUGUGAAAUCCUCCAUUAGCAUUCAGUUCUAUCUUCGCCGUCUCGUUUUGAUGAGCAUAAACAGCGUUAAGAGGCCCGUUUGGUUUGUUGCUUUUCCCUUCUGGUGUUUGUUUAUUUAAUUUUAAUACAUUGUUUUUGUGUUUUUUCAGGGAUAUCAUUGGGGAUUCAUUCUCUCACCAGCCAUGGAUGUGGAUCCAUUCAAUCCUGAGUUUUCAAUUCUAUACUUUUAGCUUUUUAGUUUUUAAAUUUUAAUUUUCUUAAAAUCUCUACUUUUAUAUUAAAUGAUUCAAUGAAUAAUUUAUUGAAAAAAAACAAACUAAUUUAUCUUAAUUUUACCAAGCUUUUGAAAAACUUAGAAAAUAUUCGUAUAAAGCUUAAAAAACAAAUGUUUAUAUUUAUUACUGAAAAUAUUAUUAUUUUCAUUGUUUUAUUAUUUAAAAGGUAAUUAAAUUUGAGUGGUUUUUUUUUUAUAUAUAUAUAUAGGAAAAAGACCCAACUCUGUGCUUCUCUCUUUUUCGAUGAGGAAAAAAGGUGCACACAACCCAAGAGGUCCAAAGGAGAUAUGAUAAUAGAAACUUCAAACUGAAGGGUUAACACAAAUAUUCAUCUUCCCCACAAAGUUAAUACCUUACUAAGGAUAUGAUCAUAUCUCUCAUGGGAUAUUAUUCAAAUUGAAAGGACUCAAUCAUACUAAAGAAGGAGGUGGGGGCGUACCUCCUCGUCAACUACAAUCAUCUUUAUUUGUAUUAUUGAUAAGUUUUUGCCUUACAAGUGUGUGGAUAAGGAACAACUCAGAAUGUGGGACUUUAACACAAUGUCACAUCAAAAUACGAACAAUAAUGAAACAUAAAUUAUUAGAAA